GAUUUUUCUAUAAUGGCCGCCUGAGUACGUCUAGUAAAAUAAACAAAAUUGGUGAAAAUUUUCAUUUUUUACAUGAAAACUAUUCAAUGUUAGCAAAAAAGUGUUAAAAUUGAAUAUGUAUUAGUUCGUAAUACCAGCUGAUUGAUUGAAACUCAUUUUUACCAAAAAUAUAUAUGAAAAUGGUGUAAAGUUGCUUGGAGUACUUCGUGAAAAAGUGGUCAAACAAGAAGUUUUGAAUAUAAAAAAACAUGCACUCUUAAAGCCAAUUGUGAAUACACAAGAAACUUAAGAUUGGUCAAUUUAAGGUUCAAUUCCCCAAAUGAUACAAUAUAAAAAUAGUGCUCUUGGCGGCACGACCGUUAAUACUAACGCGAACACUAGCACAGUCCAAGCUGCUGGUACGGCUCCCACACAGACGCUACAACAACCAUCGGCUGCCCCCAACGCACAGGUAAAGGCAACUUUUGUUAAUGCUACACCUUCGGCACAGGGAAUAGCUACGAAUAGCAGCAACAAUGUACCACUGCAACAAAUCAUCAACUUGCAGCACCUGCCUCAGCAAUUUGUGCAGGCCUCAGCUCCGACGCCUCAGCAUACUCAAGCUAUACCAACUCAAAAUAUGUUUCAAAUUGUCCAGCCAAUGCAAACGGUAACCAUUGACGGACAGGAAGCUAUCUUUAUACCAAACUUGAAUGCUGCUCAAUUGGCAUCAUCCGCGCAACCCAUAAAUUUUAAUGGGCAACAAGCAUUUAUAACACCCAAUGGGCAGAUAGUACGUGCACCGACUGCCGGCCCCGCGCCUACUGCAAUGCAGUUGCAGCCUGCAACACAAUUCAUACAUGGUCUAGGACAAGCAAUGCAAUUGCCGCCAGGUGUUGGUGCAGCAGAGCAAGCGUUGUUUACUAUUCCUGGAACUAACAUACAGGUACCUGUUGUAAAUGCUACUGUUCAGCAACAGCAGCAACACCAAAUAUUGCAACAACAGCAGGGCCAGACCCAAUCUACGAAUAAUUCUGGAAAUGCAAGUGGUUCUAGCAGUAGCAGCUCAUGCUCUUCUUCACAGCCAACGACUAGUUCAACACAGGUACCGCCAAAUUCUCAAACUACAACGUUGCCAAGUACCGUCACAAUACCAGGAACUAACAUUCAGAUACCAACAUCGGUGGCAGCAUCAAAUGGUUUGCUUGGAAAUUUGAAUAAUCUUUUGGGGAAUGGCUCAAUUAAGCUAGAAAACGGCCAGACUUUGCAAAACGUUCAAAUAAGACCGGCGGGAACGGCAACUAACGCGAACCCAGCGACAAACACAUUGCCGCAAUUUAUACAGUUUCCGCAUGCACUGCAACAACAAGCUGCUCCAGCUUUGCAACAAACCGUUGCCGUGCAAAUUCCAAUUCAGACUGGUGGGGGCCAAACUAUAUACCAAACAGUGCACGUGCCCGUGCAUCAACUAAAUGCAGCCGGUCUGCCUAAUUUAUUGCCCGCUCAAUCACUGCCAAUGUCGGCUGCACUGCCUCCCACCCAAAUGCAAAUAAUACCACAAUUCGCACAAAUUGCGCAAAUUGUUACACCCAGUGGACAAAUACAGCAGGUGCAGCUGGCACCAUUGAAUGCGAUGCCAUAUCCGCAGCUACCCCCGAAUGCAAAUAUUAUUCACAUUCAACAUCCUCAACAGCAGCCCACGUCAAAUAAUCAACAACAGCAGCAAGCAGCUGCUGCUGCAGCAGCUGCUCAAGCUGCUGUCACUGUUCAGCAACACCAGCAACAGCAACAGGCCGCCCAGCAACAACAGCAACAACAACAGCAGCAACAACAGCAACAAAUAUUGAACGCACUGAAUGCAGCAUCAGAAUCUGGUAUCCAAUUGCCAACGAAUCAGUCAAUCACAAUAACCAAUGCACAGGGCCAGCAGCUAACCGUUAUACCCGCACAGCAACUACAGCAACUUCGAACUACAUCGGCGUCGUCUGCUCCAGGCAACACUUCUAAUCUUAUACAACUUCAACAAUUACCUGGCCUACAAGCGUUACCCAUCCAAAAUAUCCCAGGAAUAGGACAAGUUCAAAUAAUUCAAGCGAACCAUCUGCCACCUCAACUGCAAGGGAGCUUCCAACAUGUAAUUUUGCCGCAGCAACUCCAACAACAGCAUCAACUUCAGCAGCAACAACAGGUUCAAAUGCAUUCUAAUCCAGGCGCGGUGCUUAAUCCAGCACAAACAUCUCUUCCUCAAACAGGCACAACUACGUCAACGACAAGUGCAAACUUGGUGCAUCCGAAGCAAGAACCCCAAAGCCCUUCCCAAGCCCAACACACGCUUAUAACGAACAUAAAGCAAGAGCCCCCAGAUCCCAGCCAAACUCCUCAACAAAUUAAAUGGGUAGUGCCACAGAACAUGACCGUAAAUCUACAGCAACUGCAAUCUCAGCAACAGCAGCAAGCCGAUCAGUCACAUCAAUCAUCCAACGAGAAUGCAACAAUACCUUCGUCAUUGCCCACAUCUAUACAAAUUACAGCCGUCCCGCAAGCACACAGUUUUACCAUCACACCUGCCAAUCAAGCGCGCGCCACCCUGCUAAAGACGCAGCCAACAACUAUGACAACGGUAAGUGGUUUGACAUCGCAAACUAACCCAGUUAUGUCGCCCAACACAACCGUAACCUCUAGCGGCGGUGGAACCCAAAUCACAAUAGCAACCGCGCCGGCAACACUAACUCAACAGAUGCAACAGCAGCAGCAACAGUUACAACUUCAGGCAAUACAAACACAAAUAAAUUCCGCAAAUAAUCCAGGAACAACAGCGCCAGCAGCAGCAACAACAUCUGUUAAUGUGAACAUCAACGUCAACGAAGUUAGUACCGGUGGUGGCACUAGCACCGGCAUGGGUAACGUGGGUACUAUUAACUCCAAUACCGGUGCUAAUAAUGUAGGCGGUAUUGAAAUAAAGCCACGCCUUAAGCGUGUUGCUUGCACCUGCCCAAACUGCACGGAAGGUGAAAAGCAUGCUGAUCGCAAACGCCAACAUAUCUGUCACAUACCGGGCUGCAAUAAAGUUUACGGCAAGACGUCACAUUUGCGUGCCCAUUUACGUUGGCAUACCGGCGAGCGGCCUUUUGUCUGUUCCUGGUUAUUCUGCGGAAAGCGCUUUACACGUUCCGACGAAUUGCAGCGUCAUAGACGUACCCAUACUGGGGAAAAGCGUUUUCAGUGCCGAGAAUGCAAUAAAAAAUUCAUGCGCAGCGAUCAUCUAUCCAAACAUAUAAAGACGCAUUUCAAAGCGCGUUCACCACAUGAUAUAAUUGAACUUAAUAUGAAACCGGAGGAUAAAAUGGCUACACAACGAAUUGGAGAUAAUGGUAAUAGCAUUCAGGAUGGCAGCGAAGCGUCAAAUUUACCGAAAAGUAUUAGAACAGCCAAUGGAAUUUUAACGAUUGAGCUACCAAACUCUGCGGUGUCUAGUGCAGCUACCACGCUCGCUGGCUCGAGUGUUACCAAUAAUGCUGGGGUAAAUGGAUCAGGCGAUAUAACACAAUUGACGGCAGGAAACAAUUUGAUGGUGCAAUCGGGAGACGAUGACGAUGAAGAUGGUACCAGCGAUAGCUACGGUGAUGAAGAGCUUGAUGAUGAUGACGAGAUGGAUGAAGACAAUGACAGUACUGGCGAUGAAGAGAAGAUGACAAUUACCGUUAGUGAAAUUGGUGAAAAUUCUAAUUAACAUACGGAGGUACUGUUCAUGGAACAGUUCGGAUUUAAUCAAUUCUAAUUGCGGUUUCGUAUUUAAUGUAAAUAUGGUAUAAAAAUGUUAGUUUUAUGUAUUAGUGUAGUGUUUUUAAUUAUCAUAUAAUAUGUAAUGUAAGUACAUUUAAUACAUAAUUUGAUAAAUAAUAAAUAAUUUGAUUUAGGUGUAAAUAUUUACUUAAAAUAGGUACAAUUUUAUAUAUUUGUGUUAUAUUUACU